UAUGCUAUCAACAUCAAUCUUCAACAAGGUCAUCGGAAAGACCCACAAUAAGAUUGUUGGUGUUGCCAAGAAUUAUGCGGUUAAGAGUUCAGACGAGUUUUACCAAACUAUCGGCUCCCCGUUCUACUUCUUCAAGCCAUGCUCUGGAGUGAUAAAUGCGACACUUCCACAUGCAGAACCAAUCCGUGUUGAUAGUCAUAAUGAAGUUAUCCCAGAGAUCGAAUUGGGAUUAAUGAUCUCCAAAACCGCCAAGAACAUCAAAGAACGUAGAUGGCGUGAUUACAUCGGAGGAUAUUUCCUCUGCUUGGAUAUUACCGAUGUAGGAGAAUUAGAGAAAGAUCCUCAAGCAUUAGCUUUAUGUAAGGGGCAAGAUACCCAUACCCCACUCGGAAAUUUCAUCCAUGCUGCUGACAUUGAUGAUCCUCAUAAUUUGACACUCAAUCUUGAGGUCAACAACAAGCCAAGAAUUUCAGGAAACACAGGAGAGAUGAUUUAUAGAAUUCCUAAGAUCCUCAGCAUGGUAUCUAGUUACAUGACCUUGGAGCAAGGAGAUAUGAUCUUGACUGGAAGUCCACUUCCACCUGGCAGAAUCUACUCUGGAGAUCAUUUGACAGCACAAAUGUUUUCAGGAGACGAGCUCCUUGAUGAGUUCUCCCUUGAAGUUGAGGAAUCUUAAUUUAUUCAUCCUAAAUUCAGCUCUACUUGA